AUGUCAGUUUCAGCCAUAUUCGGCUCAAGGCUGGUGGUUCCGCCUCCCUCCUCCGCCGCACCACCGAGACUAGCGCUUGGCGGCGGGCUGCUGAUAGAGUGCUCUUCCAGACCACAGAAGAAGGCAACCAAGCAUCACAUGAAGACCCGCCCUCGCAAGAGUCGGCCUUCUGACAUCCGCCAUGGCCCUGCCGUGUACCCUCCGCUCCCCCCUCUUCCCCCCGAAUGGUCUCUUGUCUCCGACGCCGCCGCUGUGCCGACGCCGCUGCCAGCUGUCCAGUCCGAGUGA